GUAAUUAAAAUAAGGGGUGUUAAUAACAUUUCCCGUUGGAAUUGUAUUGGUUUGGGUUCAAUUUGUCGAAGCCAACAAAAUCGAAGUUCCAAAACAACAGAAGCCACCGUCACCGAAACCAUGAGAAGAACAAGAAGAGUAAGAGAGCUUCUGAGCCUCUCUUUUUCUUCUCUACGCAACAACUCUCAAUUUCAUCACAAACCACCACACACUUCUUCAUCAAUAACUUUCUCAACAUCAUCUUCCAAUAACUCCCAAAGGGAUUCACUACUUCUCCAACAUUUCACUCAAAGAAAAAUCAAGGGUUCCUCCUCAAAGGUUAACCAACAUGUUUCAACUUCACUUCCAUCAUCACGUUUUGAUGAUACUACUAAUUUUGCUCACAAAUUAGUCCCAAACACUAAUAAUAAUGAUUCUAUGGUGGUUUCCAGUUUUAAGGAGUUGGGUUUGAGUGAUGUCAUUGUUGAGGUUAUGGAAGAGAUUGGUGAUUUUGUUCCAAGUGAGAUACAGUGUGUUGUUAUUCCAUCUAUUUUGGAAGGGAAGAGUUUGUUGUUGAGUUCACCUUCUUUGAAUGAUAGGACAUUGGCUUACUUCUUGCCCCUUAUUCAGCUGCUAAGACGGGAUAGAGAGUUGCUUGGUUCGAUUUCAAAGCAUCCUCGAGCUGUCGUUGCUUUAAUGCUGCAGGAUAUAUUAUCCAUAAUGCAGAAUUGA